AUGGCCCGUCCGACGAGGCGUGGCGACGCUUCGCCGCAAGAUCUCUAUCAACUUGGUGUCCAGGGAAGAAAAACCGGCGCCACGCUGAAGGAUGACGGCCAACGCGAUUCACAAGGCAUGAUGCCAACCGAGGGGCUGUUUUCUUCCCCGGGAAGCAGUACCACACAGCAGCCGAUUGCGGCUGCGACAGAAGAACCGAUACGAGAAGUCACACCACCGGUAGGGGGGAACGACGAUGAAAGCGCUCCCAUGGACAUUGCUUCAAGCGGCGGCGCCGGGCCGGGAACUGUUCUCCGAAACAGCAGAAAUUUUCAGCUGCCUCUUUCAAAGGGCCGAUCGCCAAUUCAACCGACUGCGAGGCUUCUCCGCUCCCCGGCGAAGCGACCCCCGAGUAAAUCACCGAUGCGACCGUCGGCAACUGACCCGACCGCAAGACACAUCUUUUCGAGUCCUUCUGUAUCGGAAAGAAUGCCGAGGCGACCAAGCAUCAUUAGAGAGCCUCCGAGCGACGACUCUAUAAAUGCAUUACUCAACCAGUCUGAACGGAUGGGCGACAGGACUGGACUGGAAAGGGAUUACCGGGUCGCGAACGAAUAUAGACCUGAGGCACGGUCACCACAACCUGCGGGAGGCAUGUCCGCAAAGGCCAUCGGCAAGCAGAGAGCGGUUCCGAGCAUGUCGCCGCCAAGACACCCGCCUGUAAGGCCAUCGCGACUACCGACUCCAUCACCGCCAGCUCCUGAAUCUAGCAUGUACGUUCAUGAGCCUGACCCAGACCCUGGCCCAGAGCCAGACCUUGAGCCGGAGCCGGAGCCGGAGCCACGACGACAUUCAUCAUCGCCGUCUGCUCCCAUUCGUGAGCCGUCGAUUCCAACAUCUUCCCCCCGACUACAAACGCACAAACGCCCUACGCCAGCGGUUUCGACGACUAGUUCAACAGCGCGCCGUGCGCGUGACGAGGAGGAUGAUCGCAGAGACGGGGCGAAGCGAGUGAGGCAAACAGAUUCCGUCGUAUCAAAGCGGAGCGCGCAACCUGCCAAGCGUGGACGCGGGCGGCCGCCAAAGAACGGAGUCGCCAAACGUGGGCGUGGACGGCCCCGAAGGAGCGAAGUUGAAUCUGAUGGAGACGAGGGUGACUCUUUGAUGACAUUGCAAAGAGGGCCGCCAAUGCCGAAAUCACGAGGACUAGUCUCCAUGCGUCGCGAUGCUGAUGCCGCAGUUGAAAACCGCCGCAGAGGCAACGACGCCGACUGGUGGGCUGAUAUACAAAACGACGAUACGACGCACGGGCAUGAACCGCCUCGUGGCCAACGACUUGCAUCGCAAGCUGCUACCAAGCACCAGCGCCGCGCAGACGCCGCUAUACCCGACGUAGAAGAGGACCUCGAAGAUUGGGAGCUUGAUACCGGUAGCUUCACUGGUGAGAUUGUGGUCUGGGAGCCAGAGUAUGAGCACAAUCCCCCGGGGCCCGACGACCAAGUGGAAGUGACGGACGAAGUUAUUGCCCUCACAGCCGAUGCGAUCCCGACGUUCGAGAUUAGAGAAUCGGACGCUCGGUACGCCAAGCCGCUGGUCAUGCCGUUUAUGAGUGCCGGGUUCGUCGACCUGCCCUCGGGCUCAGAGAAGCGGCCCAAGAACUCGCGCAAGAUGCACCUCGUCUUCUUCGUGCACUACGGCAAGGUCACCGUUAGCAUCAACGAGGAGCAGUUUCGCAUCUCGACGGGCGGCAUGUGGUUCGUACCGCGCGGCAACUACUAUAACAUCGCAAACGAUUAUGAGUUUCCUGCGAGAGUGUACUUUGCGCAGGCGUGUGAGGUGUCGCCUUCGCCGCAGCCAGUGGAUGACAUGACGCAGACUAUUGUGACGUGA